GGAGGCGGGCGGAGCCAGAGCAGCGAAGGCACUGCACGGAUGAGGCGCAUGCGCGGUGCUGGACGGCGCUGGAGCUGCGGGCCCGGCGCGGGCUCGCGGAGGGGCCGGGGGCCGGCCGUUGGCGGAGGCGAGGCGGCGUGCGGCUGGCGGGGCCUGGCGGGCGGCUCGCCGCAGCAGCUGGCGGAGCGAUACGCGGACUUGGCCGCCAGCCACAGCGAGGCGGUGCGGGCCCGCGAGGAGCGCGAGCGCCAGAACGCCCGGCUGCGGGACGAGAACGCGCGGCUGCGGCUGGAGAACCGCCGCCUGCGCCGGGAGAACCGCAGCCUCUUCCGCCAGGCGCUGCUGGGGCCCGGCCCGGAGCCCGACGCGCCGCCCCGGCCCGGCCCCGCCCCCGAGCCGCCGCAGGAGGAGAAGGAGGAAGCGGCGCUCGCGGCCCAGCUGCGGCGGCUGCAGGAGCGGCACCGGCGGGCCCUGCAGCAGCUGCGGCGCCGCCGGGCCCAGGACGGGCUGGAGGAGGACGGGGAGCUAGACGAGCUGCUGCAGGAGGAGGACGGGGAGCAGCCACCGCCCCUGGGGCGGCAGCAGCCGCCGCCGGAGAAGAGGAGCCUGGUGCCGCCCCUGUAACCAGGGGGAGGCUGACUGGGCUCCGCGGUGGUUUGGGGACCUCCCCCCCACAGCCAGAUCACUGGGGUGAGGGGCCCCCCGUCACUCUCUCCAACCCCCCCCUUUGGUGCCUGAGGCGGUCCCAGCCGGCAGCACCCUGGGGCCGCCUCACAGCGGGGCUCCUCCGCCCCGCAGGUUUUUUGGGUCCCGGAAGUAGGCACGGACGGGAACUUCCUGCAGGAGAAGCCGCGGCAUCUGAAGGAGGCCCCAAGGAGCCCCACGCAGCAGGAGGGAAAGGGCCUCACAGCAACAGGUGCCUCCUGCCCUUGGAUGUUGGGGCGAGGCUCCUCCCAGAGGGAGAAAUGGAUUCUGGACGUUGUCACCUCCUGGCAUUGCCCUGUCUGCCUUCUCAGUUUUGAUUUUUGGACCUGUAUGUCUAGUUAUCUUUGUGCAGGAGUGAACAAAUCUCAUAGAGGCCGUAAUAGCCCUGUAGAUGACCCAACAAUGGCACAUUUGUUAGCCUGCUACUAGGUUUUGGUACCCAUGUAUAUCAGUUUAAAAAAUGAAAAGUUUGUGUGCCAGAUUUAUUUUGACAGCACUUUAAAUGAAAGCUGAUAAUUCUUGGAAUCCUCCUGAAUUGAUUGGAUAUCAUCUGCAACUCCAUUCUCUGUACAUCUUUGACUAUUGAUUUGUUCAUUGUUCUCUGUUGCAUAAUUUAUCUGGACAUGGCACUUCCAAUUCAUAAAAACACAGGUCAUGCUAAAUAAAUCCUUGACACACCAAAACGCUUCUCCUAGAUGUGAUUUGUAAUAUGCAGUUAAAUAUAAUAUAUCCAUUGUUUGUACUGUAAAUAGUUACUCUUCAAAGUUCUUAAAUUUUGGUACUGAGGUUUUUUUCAAAAUUCUAAGAAACAAGCUACUCAAUUAUUUAUCAGACUUUGUUUUAAGUAAAAACUAUUUUUCGCUUACAUAAAUAACGGACGCUAUUUUAAUUUUUAGUUUCUAUUUGCUAUCUGAAAGACCAACCUCGUAUACAUAUAGGAGUAACAUUAUUUGCAUCAGUAGUCCCAUUACCUUUAGUAGGACUAAUCAAAUGAGCAAAGUUAGGGUUGGAUGCCACUAUUUGUGGGAUGGGUCCCCUAAAACUUAAUUACUAAACUUUUGACUGAGAGAAGGUGGUACUUAUGUAACCUUUUAAAAAACAAAAAACCCCACACACCUCAAACUUUGUUUGGAGUUAGAUAUAUUUAUGGGAAAAGAUGAAUACUUGUACCAACUUCACUAUUGUUUUAUAUAAUUGAGGUUUAAAAGAGUGUGUAGCAUCCAGUGUACAAAUUUAAUUGUGAUCUAAAAUGUACAGUAUCAUUUAUUAAACCAAUAUCAAUACAUAAAAGCAUCUUAAUUAUGUUUUAGGGGAAUAUGCCCCUUUAAUGUGAUAGGUGUAAAGAGGACCUUUGCUUUGCAGUUCAUCUUGCUGAGUCUUUAAUGGGAAUUCUAGAAUGUCAGUUUCUAAAUGUCUUGUUUGCUCAUUAGAUUGAAACUACCCUUACUAACCACUUUAAAUUGGCUAAUAAAAGUAUAUUAGUGAUGUACAAUGGGUACAAAAAAUCAGUGACCUGCCCAAAUGUGUUUUCUAUUAAAUAAAAGUUACUGUGUUCUGUGAACCAUUCCCAAUAAAGGAGAUGUAUAAAGUGCAAAUGAAAAGAGGAAUUUAGAAAGAAAAAUGCCCAAGCAACUUGUAUGGUUUAGUAGAAGAAUAGUAUAAUACAGGCUUAUAGUACUUGAGUAGAUGACCUAUUAAGGUCCCUUCUAGGCCUACGUUUCUAUGAUUCUAUGAUAGUGUGUUGUUACAAUAUAAUGGUGGAAAACAUCUGAACACAGGAAAUUCAUUCUUAAAUCAUUCUUAUAUAAUCACUAAGAGCUGCAAGAGCAGGCCCUUAACAAUCUUCAAUAUUAAAAUGAUCUUUUAAUACCAUAGCAACAGUAACUCAUUUCUGGCUCUAGUGCAAUAUAAUUUACCUUAAAAUCCUUGUGGUCAUCACUUGUACAAGAAUAAUUUUGAUAAUAUUUUUCAAGUUAGAACUCACAGCAUCAAGACUUUAAGGUGAUGGGAAGGAAUGUUACAAUUUUAUAGGAUACGUAACCUUCCCUCUUUUUAAACUUGCUUGGUCUUUCUGUUUUGAUCCUCUUAGUCUUAGAUCUCUGGUUCUACUCUCACUCUCAGUAAUUUAGACUUUAGAUGUCUACUCAGGACCAGAAAUCAUAGUUGUCCUAGACCUUACAUCUUUUACUUCCUUCAACUCCCAUGUUUAAAUCUGUCUAUCACUGUCUUCAGCGCAUUCCCAGUGUUGGUUCUUCUCUUGAUCUACUUGCUGUGGAAUCCUCAGUUGUCUUUUAUUGUGCCUGGCGGUGGCUAUUGCACUUCCACAUUUAUGUUAUUAUUGAAUACCUGCUCUUUGACUACGUUUUUUUGGGGGUUGCAGAAUGUCAUCUCCAGACUAUUUUCUGUAAAUGGAGCUGUGCCACCCCUAUUUUCUCCUCAUGUUCUCUAAUUUUAUUUGUUUUUUCAUACAAUUAAAAAUUGCCCGCCUGGUUUUCAAAAUUUGAUUAUAUAGCCUUCUAAUUUCCUUUCCUCCAUGCCUCCCUCAAAUAUUUGGUGGGGAAAGUUGCUUUCUCAUUUUGGUUGCUAUAAUAAUCUGUAACUCCCUGAACCAGUGAAUCACUUCCCUCUUUUUAAAUCUCUCUUUAGAACAAAACACACACUUUUUUUGGCUGCCUUAUGAUUCACACACGGUAUUUUGUAGUACCAUGUAUGAAGAAUUUAGAGGAAAAUUGGCCUUCUAUAAUCGUAGGGUUUUUUCAUACUUACUUAGGCUUCUGUUUCUCUGUGUAAAUAUUGAUCAGAAUAAAUAAUGAAACUUGAUUAUUCUAGCUAAAUGAUAAUUUUAUUAAAACGUGUUUUACAAAACGUGAAAAACAAAUUAGGUUAUUUUAACUCAUUUGCUGAAAUAUCCUACUCCAUUUGGAAAAAUGGAAACCUUUUCAUCUGGGUGUAAAUUUGCCAUCUCCCAUCAUAACUAACGAAAAAACGUCUCUUGUUUCUUACAUGAACAUUUAGCCUUCUUACCUGUGGACUGUUCAUUAUCCAUCUCUUUUGUGGCCUCUCUUCAUUGCUGUAGCCUCACCCCCCAUACCUAUAUUAAAAUAAUUUUUGGGA